AAUUUUGUUUACGCUUUAAUAAUAUUGCCGGUUUAGAUUAAUUAUAGGCAUAUGCUUGUGAUCCUGUCCACUCAUUGUCAGCUUUUAAACCAACAGUAGACUAAAAUUAGCAAAUAAAUAAAUAAAAAAAAAAAAAACAGAAAACGGCAAAGAAGGGGUCAAAUUAGCGAGUUGUUCUUCCGGUGUCACAGGUCAACUCAUCCGAGAAGAAGCAAGGAUCCAAGAAAAUCCACGGACACCGACUGAAAAACUAUAAAACAAAAAUCAUGUCUCACACCAUCCUGCUGGUGCAGCCCACCAAGAGGCCAGAGGGAAGGACAUACGCCGAUUAUGAAUCCGUCAACGAGUGUAUGGAAGGUGUGUGUAAGAUGUACGAGGAGCAUUUAAAGAGAAUGAACCCCAACAGUCCGUCAAUAACGUACGACAUCAGCCAGCUGUUUGACUUCAUCGACGACCUGGCUGACCUCAGCUGUUUGGUGUAUCGUGCCGACACACAGACGUACCAGCCGUACAACAAGGACUGGAUCAAAGAGAAGAUCUACGUGCUGCUGCGCCGUCAGGCCCAGCAGGCAGCAAAGUGAAGCCUCUGAGGGGGAGUGGGGGGGGGGGGGUAUUAUUUUUCCGAUCUGUAACUUGUGUUCAAAUGGUUUGAGUAACUUGUUUUGACUAAGUUUUUUUGUUUUUGUUGUCUCAUGAAGGGGAGGUGCAUUUUGUAUUUUAAUGUUUGCCUUGUUAAUAAAGA